UUUCCGGGGGGACAUCAGAGCCGAUCAUGGCAACGCUCAGCGGCAGUCGUGGGGAUGGUCUCGGCAACUCCAGUCAACACAAGUCUUCCUUCGCUUCUCCGGAGAAAGUUCGUCAAAUUCUAAGCGACGGGGUGUCGUCGACAGGCAUCGGCUCCAUCGCUGGACAAGGAGAUUUGAAGGUUCUUGAAGUGAAAAGCGACUCUACAGCGCCCUGUGAGGCAACAAACAAAGAAGCAUUCUUCUCAAGAGUGGAAUCUUAUUCAUGUUUGAAAUGGGCAGGCAAACCCCGCAAGUUGUCCCCUCUGAUGUGCGCCAGAUACGGCUGGAUCAACGUGGGCUGCGAUAUGCUCAAGUGCUCCAGCUGCCAGGCUUUCCUUUGUGCAUCACUACAACCAACUUUAGACCUGGAAAAAUAUGAAACCCGCAUUGCAGAGAUAUCGAGGCAGCUUCAGACGCAGCAUGAGAAGUUUUGUCCUUGGUCUGACUUUCCCUGUCCAGAGAGGUUCUGGUUGGUUCCAGCCUGUGAACCAUCAACACUCCUCGCUGCCUUCUUAGAGCGCUUCCAGAGCGCCUGUCUCCUUGCACAGCAGCUGCCAGCCAUGAAGCCAGAGCAGCUGAAAUCUAUGUCUUUGACUGAGGAUGUCAUCAGUGUUGUACUACAGCUUGUCGAGGAAGAACAAAAAAGAAAGGGAGGAACACCAUGUUCUGAACCUUUGGCUGUCCAGGUGGCUGCAUGCAUUGUUUCUCUCUGUGGCUGGGCAGCAAGCCCAGCCCUGCACGCCAUGAACCUACCCAUCCUCACCUGCUCCUACUGUAUGCGCAAGGUGGGCUUGUGGAACUUCCACCAGAUGGAGGGAAUGGGGGGUGAUGGAGAUGUCAUACCAAGCAAUGUGGGUCAGUCUGCUCCAGCAACAGGUCCUGCCGCAGCAACUUUGCAUGAGGGCCAGGGAGACCGCUCUACGACAGCUUCACCCACCCCUGCCACUACUCCAUCUCGCAUGAAGCUAAGGAGCCAGGACUCCACGCGCUCUGACCUGGGUGAGGGAACCUCCUCCCCGGUGGCCUUGCGAUCCCGAAGCAGAGACUCGCCAAGCCCCAUUGAAGAGCUGCCAAGUCCUUUGACCAGGGGCAAGAGGCCUGCAACUCGCAGCAGAGGACAGGGGGACACCUCUGGGGCUGAUGGCCCUGCUAGCCCGCAACACCCUCCCAAACGCUUUUGCCUCUCAGUUGGUGGUCCUGAUGAGCUCCUGCACAAGAACGCAUUUGACCCUCUCGCUCAGCACAGAGACUGGUGUCCCUGGAUCUCUGUGGGAAAGGAGAAUAUGGAUCCAAGGGCCCUCCCAUUUUUGGAUGGAGGCUCAGUACUUCAUCAGCAGGGCUGGAAGGCUGCUCUUGACCUCCUCAUGCCCAUGAAGAAGAACACUGAUAUAGCAGGAGGAAGUCCAGCACAGAGCCCUCGUGACAAGUCCAAAAGGGUGUUUGCUAUAUUCCGUCAGUGGCAGAUGUCCUGCUCUCCAGCCCAGCAGACUGUUUCCAAACAAACAGCAUAGCAACACUGAAGUGACAAACUGACCUGCCUUCUUUUUGCAGUACCGAUGACAGCAGUGUCAUAUCAUAUCAGUGUAUGCCAUCCUGUAAAGUCAUGUUUACAGUCAAAGUGCUUCUGGAGGGAAAGGAUGUGGAUUGUCACUUUAGACAAAUACAUAAGUGUCUUCUCUGUGAAUAGUGAAUUAAGUGAAGGAUGCCUGUCUGGCUUUGAAACACUUGAAUUCUGCUACGAGAAAAUUGGGACAUGCAACUCUUGGAGCCUAAAUAGGCCUUGCAACAUGUCUGUAGUAGUCAUCAAGUAAAAGAUCAUGUCUCAGAAUAUAAAUUUGCCACCAGGGAGGCACCUACUGUUAAUCUUGCAUGAAGUCUGCUUUAGUAGUGCUUCAUGACAUCAUUAUGGUCUGUAUUUCUGUGGAGUACAAGAGACAAGGAAUCCCUGAUCGUGAGAAAGGGCCAAAUGGCUGCACACUGGAUAGGUAAUGUUUACCUUCAUUGUAUGUUGAGUCAUUUGUGGGAGUGAAACAUGAACCUCAUAUUGGCAAAAAAAAAACUGAGGAAGUCAUUUUUGUGUGUACUGUUUUACUUGGAUACGAGAUAUGUUUGUAACGAAUACUCCUUUUAUUUUUAUUUUUGAAGUGGCAUUUUUGUUAGUCAAUGCUAAAAUCCUGAUUCUUCCACACAGGUUGAACCAUGUGCCAUGAACUUUAAACCUGUUUUGAAUUAUAUUCAGGAUACCUGUAUUUCCCAUUUCCCUCUCCAUGACAUCUCAUUGCUAAUGCAGUGAUCAUUCUUGUGCAUGUGCUUUUACCCUGCAUUCCAUUAUAAGUUGGAGUAGGAAAUUGCAACUGGAAUGCCCCUCCCGAGUCGGGGAGAAAUCCCAACCCCGACUUCCGAGAUCUGAGUUCCGAAGUAUAAUGGAACGCAGCAUUGGCUUCUUAGAAAUUCCUAAAAGGGUUUAAUAAAAACAUUCUUCUGA